AUGAACCUGAGAAUUCAGGAGAGCAGAAAAUGAUGACACAGACAUUUCAAGAACAAAACUUACUGUUGGAUGCAGCCCAUGCCAGUAUCACAAGUGAGCUACAGGCUGUUCAGAAUGAGAAAACCCAACUCCAAGCACAUCUGGACCAUUUAAUCCUUGAACAUAACGAGUGUAUCCAGAAAGCACAGGAUGCUGAGAAGAGAACAGCUGUGCAAAAGGAGCUACUUGAAUCAACUAUUGCAAGAUUGCAAGGUGAACUAGAAGCAUCAGUGCAAGAGAAGAAGUCUCCGCUAGAGGAGAAAGAAAGACUUCAAGGAGAGGCAGACAUAAAUGCAUUAACCCACAACCUUCAGACUCUAGAGGAAAAGAAUAAGCACCUGGCAGAUCAAAUAGCUUCCCUAGAACUUCAGCAAGUCACUUCUGAUUACCAUGGGAUAAAAGUUAAACAGCUAGAAGAACAACUACAGUCUUUUGCUGAAACCACUUCACAGAAUGACCAUCUAUGCAAGAUGAACAAGGCGCUAGAGUGGAAAUAUGCUCAGGUCUGAUUAAUAACUAAGAAACAGAUUGCUGCUGUAUUAUUUGAAUUAGUUUUUAAGAAAUUGAUGACUUUCUCCCCACCUUACCAUACAAAUCCCACAAAGAUGAAUAUUCUCUCACUUGACUAAAUUCAAUGAACAUUUU